UGUUUGUUCUGUCUCAAAAUCCGUAUAAAAGCUCGACAUAAUUGUUAUCAAAUCAGUUUGGGUUACGGUCUUUAACGGAUACUACGGUCCUAUGGCUAAAAUGAUUUCCAUUUUCGCGCUCUUCGUUUUAAGCAUUCUGCAUGCUCAUGCUGCUCCUCAAGGUGUACCAAUUCCUGAGAAUUAUUAUAAUCCACCCCCGGACGUACCUCCAACUUCAUACCAUCCUGCAGCAGCACCAGCUGACACACCAUUUCCAUACCAAGGGUAUCCACCCAACUUCUACCCCGUCAAUACACCUAGAAGUCCCCCGUUCUACCCUGGCUUCAAAAAUUCCAACUACCCGGUUCAUCUGGUUCCUAACAAUCCCGUCCCAAUAGUCCCCUUAACUCAACCAAUACCUAUAAUUGUUAAGCGUAGAGCCUAA